AUGACAGACUGCAAGCGCAGCUCCAAAAAGCGCGUCGUCAAGCAUACGCCCAUCAGCAAGGCGCACAUCACCCGCCGACCGAUCUACCCUCGCGGCGAGCCACAUUCGGCAGUAAAAGCGAAGUAUUUGCAGAUGAAGACACCUCGCCGUAUGGAUAUCGCUCCUCUUCCUCGCUCGCGCUUGACACAGAAGCCACUGGGCUUACGUUUCACGAAACGCAAGUCGAGCUGGAAAACAUUAUUGCAUGCAUAUAUGCUCGAGAUGUCUCAUAUCAGGGAUGCGGAAACGUGGAGUUCGUUCAUUUCAACACCAUGCGCACAGUAUGAGGAGGUGGACUGCGAAUACGACACAAUGGAUUCGCGCUUCGCCUAUUAUAUGAGCUGCGGUGUUUUCGGCUCCCUUUCCCUUGCUUUUGGCGCGCCGACGGCCAUCACCAACAGCUUUGGUAGCUCGACUGGAUCCGGAGGUGCCGUAUCAACCUUCAGUGCCGCCACGCGGACAUAUCCCGCGAGCAGCCAGUCUUGCGUGGGGGCUGUCAGCGACUCCUCGGGUAGCAUGACUGAAGGUUUUAGCAAACCGUGGACGUCAGAUAUAGAGAUGAAUGACGCACCAGAGACAUCUUCAGACCACGUCGCCAUUAUACCCAGCACUACUACCACCUCCGUACCAGUGCCAGCACUUUCUCAGCCGCCCAAGCACGCGAACACGGUUAUACUCCAACCACCACAAUUUACAAACCUAGGUUAUCUUCCAUCAAGGCGUUUGACAUCCGACACUGUCACACUACCAAAGCCAGCGGAGAUGUCGAAGGAUGAAGUCAGCCCCAAGUCGCCGUCUAUUUCCCCACCGAACCCUGCACCAGAUGUUGUACUAUCAUCAACUCUUGCCUCACAGCGCGAGGAAGUUGAGAAAACGUCUGCAAAAGCGCAGCCUUUAGCACCAGCGGACAUCAUCAAGCCGGUUAUGUCUAUUCCCCCAGUGGAGGACACGAAAUCCUUAGUAACUCCUUCUUCGAUGGUGGACACCGAGCCAGCUGUCUCAUCCAUUCCUACAGAGAGCAUCAAGGCAGCUGUUCCCCUUCCUCCGAUAGAGAAUGGUAAGCCGGCUGUAUCACCGCCUCCGAUGGCUGAUGCCAAUGCGCCCACGGAGACAUCAAGACAGAAGAGCAGACCGAGGGGCCAAGCUUUAGUUACUUUAGCAAAGCCAGGAGAAGCAUCCAAGUAA